UUGAAUUCUUAGUUCCAUCACUAAUGUGAGCCUGUGAGAAUGUUGCGCCUGUUGAGUAAACGUUUUUAUUGCAAAAUUGCAACUAAAGCGAAUGAAAAGGCCAAUAAAUUGGACUUUAAGCAGCUAACGCAUCCCACCAAGGUUCCCCAGACGCCGGUGGAUACGGAGUUUCCCGACACCAGCUCCUCCGAAAUCGAGAUCGACACGAAAACCAUACAAUUGCUGGAGCGGCUGUCCUUGGUGGAUCUGGAUAGCGAACGGGCACUGGCCACGCUGAAGAGCAGCAUCCAGUUCGCGGACAAGAUAGCCCACAUCGACACUGAGCACGUGCGUCCAUUGUACACCGUGCUGGAGAAGCAGCAGCUCCAGUUACGCAACGACCAGGUGACCGAAGGCGACUGCCGGGCGGAAGUGCUCCGGAACGCAAAGGUUACGGACGAGGACUACUACGUCUCCCCGCCGGGCAACAUUCCUCUGGAGCAAUGAGCCGGUUACAGCGAUGCUUCAAGUCC